AUGGUGAUUUUCAAUUUUUCUAUCAAUUUGGUAGUCAGAAAUGUAAAACUGUCCCAAGAAGUGGUCGGCACGCGAGCAAGCUUUUCCGUUGUUUGUGGAACAAACAAAUAUUUCACCGAAAUUUCACAAUCUGAAACUGUGCUUAAUGAAACCAACGUGUAUUUUCGUCAUGUGUGCCAAGUGCCAUACAGAUUCGAUCGGAGCAAUUCUGUUCUCAUAAAAAUAUAUGCUGUGAGAGCUGACGGCUUGUUCGCUGGCGAGAUUGGGAGGUGCUCCUUUGACUUAGCUUCUUUAAUGAUGAACAAAUGUCGUUUAAAUUUUCCACAAAAUGGUAUAGACGCUGAAGUUAAUCUUUUGGAUGUCGAUAAGUAUUCCAAUGGGAUACAGUUACAAUUUCAUGGAGAACAUAUUCAUUCUCCGAAUAGUUUACCUCUUGCUUCAUAUUACUACCUUGUUUUGCACUUUCCCUCUCGUGAUGUGCUUCUAUACAAAUCGGAAAUAAUUAAGCUAGAAAAAGAUCCAAAAUGGAAAGCUUUUGUGGUACCGUCUCAUUUGAUGGAAGUGUUUCCCACAGCAACUUUACGGGUUUACUGUUACAAUUAUAACAUAAAUAGUGAAGAUAGUAUAAUAGGCAUGUUUGAAACAACGGUCAGUAGAUUAUUGCAGGGGAUCGGACCGAUAAACACUUAUAUGUUGAUCAAUACUUCGGGAGAACGUAUAGAUGAGAAGACCUGCUUCCAAUUGAGUUUGUUCAACUUACGAAAGCUACCAUCGUUUUUCGAUGCUGUUAAUCAAGGAAUGCAUGUACCCAUAACACUUGGAGUUGAUAUGACUGCUUCGAACGGAAAUCCUAACAACACGGAUUCGUUGCAUUACAUUCAUCCUCAUACUUCUCAUUACCCCACUCCUUAUGAAAUGGCUUUAAACUACGUGGUCCCCUCUGUCACAAAACACCAAGCCAAUCGUAAUAUAGGAGUCGUAGGCUUUGGAGCAUAUAUUCCUCCAAAUCAUUCAUUUUCGCAAUGUUUCAAUUUGUCAGGCAAUUCUGCUACUGCUAAUGUAGAUGGCUUACAAGGAGUACUGGAAGCGUACUCACAAGCACGGCUCGUUGUUCAACCGUUCGCUCCCACAGAGUAUGCGGAUGUUAUAUAUCAUGUCGCUAAAUUCGCUAAAGCAGAGUCAAAGAGACGAUUAGGUCUUUAUUUUGUUCUCGUGGUUUUUACAAAUGGAGGAAUCACCAACUCGCGCAGAACAAUUGAUGCCAUCGUUGACUCAGCUCCCCAUCCUAUGUCAAUCGUGUUUGUUACACUAGGAAAAGAGCAUUUUCCUGAAAUCGAAAAGUUGGAGUCUGCUUCUUUAAAACAUAGUGAUGGAAGACUGCUCUGUCGCAGUAUAGUGUCCGUCGUUCCAGCAUCUGAUUUACAGAAUAACGAUGGAUUAGCACUAAUUCCGUUACAUGUUGGCUCUUAUUUCGCAGGAGGAUUGUGA